GUCAAGCAUCACACUCUCAAAGCACGUUGUAACAGCAGCUUACAAAACAAACACAUCACCAUGAACUCCUUCGUUGUAUUCGUCGCCCUCGCCGUCGCUGGCGCCAACGCCGGACUCAUCGGCGCCCCUCUUGCCGCCCCCUUGGCUACCAGCGUGGUCUCCACCCGCACCAUCGCCGCCCCCUUGGCCACCACUGGUUUGAUCGGCGCUCCUGGUUUGAUCGGCGCCCCUGGUUUGAUCGGCGCCCGCUCUGUGAUCGGAGCCCCCGCCAUCUCCACCGUCGCCGCCGCUCCCUUGGCCACCGGUUUGAUCGGCGCUCGCUCUGUGAUUGGAGCCCCCGCCAUCUCCACCCUCGCCGCCGCUCCUUUGACCACCGGUGUGAUCGGCGGCCACGGUUUGAUCGGCGCCCCCGGUUUGAUCGGCGCUCGCUCUGUCAUUGGUGCCCCCGCCAUCUCCACCCUCUCUGCCGCUCCCUUGGCCGCUUGGUAAAAACCGUGGUGCUUAGUUUGUUGAUUAUGUCCCCAAAGACAUCGCUAAAUAAACUUAUUUAUUGAAGUUA